GAGGGCCGCUUUGUGCGCCGCAGUGAAGCAAAGCAAACGAACGCUCGAGCACCAACACGGGGCUGUCCUACCGCAACUCUCCUGCCGAGGAAACUAAACUUUUUUCUUGUAGUGACACAGACGCUUCACCUGUAGUUUUUGCUUGUUCACCUGUGCUCACCGAAAGUCGCGUGGAAUAUAACCCAAAACUUCUUCACCGCUAGGACCGUAAAGAAAGGCUGAUCCAAUCAUAAGAUGAAACCUGAGCUGGAGGACCAGAAUGGCUACACACUUUAAACACCUGGAAUUAUACUUGCUUUGACAACAUCUUAUACAACAGCCAAAGAAACUCUGGAGGAACUCUCCUGAACGCCUACAGAGCCUAGUUUGAUUUCUAUCUGUGGAUUAUAACUGAGAGACUAUCAUCAUGCCGAUUCUCAAGCAGCUGGUGAACAACUCUAACCAAUCGAAGCGGCGUUCUCGGGCUGACCUGACCGCAGAGAUGAUCAGUGCUCCACUGGGGGACUUCCGCCACACCAUGCACGUGGGCAGAGGGGGUGAUGCCUUUGGGGACACUUCAUUUCUCAGCACCCGAUCAGGGGAACCUCCCAGGGAGCCAGACACAAAGCAGAGCUCUCCGGGCCCCAAACCAGGGCUGCUGUCUCGCACCUUCAGAAGCAGCAAGCGCUCUCAGUCAGUAAACCGAGGGGACAAGUAUGACUACAAUAUGAUGGCGCCUUCUGGUGGCUCAUCUACCUUUGUGAAAAAUGCUAUAUCCCUCCCUUACCUAAACGAUGAGGAUACCAACAGAAGCAACCAGCUGCCGAAGAGCGUCUCCUCCAGCCCCAUGAAGAAGCUGACGGAGAUUGAAAGCAAGCCAAUGAAUGGAGCAGCAGCGAUGGCGACACUCGAUGCGGAGUUUGAUGAGCGGAACUUUGGCGAACUUACAGAUUUGCCUCCAUCCAUGCCUAAGGGAGGUGGGAUGAAGCAUGCAGAGUCCAUGAUGUCUUUCCACAUUGACUUGGGGCCCUCCAUGCUUGGGGAUAUUUUGAGCGUGAUGGAAAAGAAAGGCUGGGAGGAGGACGACCUUGGCUACGAGGAAGGCAAGAAUAGUGAGGGCCGCGCGUCACCCUCCCUCAUACCCCACAUAGAUGAUGACGAUGCGGAGGAGCGGGCUCCUGCCAGACCACCUCGCAGCAUGUACCAGCAGAAGGCCAUGGUGGAUCCCUACACCCCGGAGCUACACACCAGGAACAACCACCACAACCUGGAUAGCUGCUCCGUGUCCAGCUCCGGCUCGGCCACCGAGGAAAAACCUCAGUACCACAUCCAUGACGGCGACACGGACAGUGCAAAGUACAGUUCACCACGUGGGGAGGAGGACAGGGAUUUCACCUUCAUGGAUGAGGACGAUGAUGAUGAGAUUCGAGUGUAAACAACCCUCCUCAGGCCAAACAGUCUUCUCCAAGGACAGUAAUAGAGAAGACUAGGUGCUGAGAGGCUGUCUCAAGCUGGGAAAGGCAGGGGGAAGAUUUAGAGGCAGGGCCACAUCUGCUUUAAGCUUCUAGUAGAUCAAUCUAAUCUCUGCACACUUUGUCAACAUCAUAAGUAAAACCAAUUAAGCCUUAUUCACUGUGCUGUAGCAAGGAGAUGUGAGCAGAGCGCGUGCCAGAGCGCAGACAGACUCACAAAGUUGCACUCCUGAAAGGUUUGGGUUUGUUGAUUGUUGCAAAUUUUUUGCAACCUCAAACUCUGAACUCAUUAUUAUUAUUAUUUUUGAAAAAUUCUCUGUUUUCAAAAAAAAAAAAUUAACUCCCGUGUUGAAACUCUAAACCUCUAAAAGGCGCAGAAGCAAAGAGGAAAAAUCAGCUUGUCAUUGGUUAUGAGCAUCACACUCAUGUUAAGAAGUAAAGGGCGAGCAUGAGGUUAGAAGAGUAUACUUCCAGCUGUCAAUCGCAUAAAUAUCACAUUUGGAGAGCAAUGUGUGAGGUGAGAGGGAGGACGUGUGGGGUCACAAACCUUAAUGUGUACUACAGAUUCUGAGGAAGGAAGAGGGAAAGGACAAGAAGUGAAACUCAGAUAGCUUUGUAACCCUUUCACUUGCCAAUAAUGAUAUUUUGGCAUAGACACUAAAUAGAUUAAGUGGUUAUCACUUUUGUCCACAUCUGACUUAAGGGGGUGAUUCCUGCUAUUCUUUUUUUUUUUUUUUAACUAUAUUUUAUGUUCAUGUAGUAUCUGGAAGUUGGUUUAUAUUAACUUGUUGUAUUUGAGUUGGGUAGUUUUAUCACUCUGCAGCUGUCUUUCUUUUGCAAGAUUUUCAUUCUUUAAAUUCUCAGACAGCUGAGGUAUUUAUUCAUAAAUUUACAUAAGGGAUGGAUCAUUCUUAAUAAUGCACUGCAGUGUCUUAAAAGUUUUGAUUUGGUUUUUAAUUUCUUCAAAAACUUCAUGGUACCACAGGGGAAGCCAGCUUGUUUGUGUAGAAGUUGGCUACAUGGCACUUAAUCAUUGGACUUAAGUAGACAUACAAAUAUCUAAGCCACAUCACUCCUGCUAUCACUCACUAUCAUGAUAAGGCUGUAUUAGUUCAUUAUGAGUUAUGUUUUACAAAAUCACUCGCUGUAAGUGUCUGCUUUUUAAUUUCAAAAAAAAAAAAAAAAAGUGAAUUGUCAGAGAAGAGGCCUUUUGUAUGUGUUCUGUGUCCUGUGUUAAAACAGGACAGGAAGUGGUGAUCGUGGCAAAUUAUGUGCAUGUCUGUGUUGUCACAUCUCAUUCCACAUCAUUACUGAGGUUGGUAGGAUCAGCAGGUCAGUGGAGAGACGUAAGAAAUGUUUGAGAGGGAGUUGCUACGGUCUAGAAAUGGUUAUAUUAGAAUUACUUACCACUCUAUCCAAAACACAUCUCCUCUCUCUAGGCAUGUGUCCAGGCUUGUCUCUAAGGGCAGAGAAAGGAUGUAACAACAUGUACAAAGUGUUAUUAGAGUGCAGCUACUUAAUAGACGGGCAUCAGGUAUGUCUCGAGGCAGUGAGAGCAGAAGACGUUUCCUGAACUGGCCCCACAAGUGAUAAUACUCACCUCCUCUGAACAACCUAAAUCACACAGUAGGAACAGAUGAUUAAAUCAACCAAUCAUCUGGCCUUUCCCAGUCUACUCAUUAAAUGUGCUGCAUUACUGGCCCCCAACCAGCUGGAAUUACUCCAAGAACAGCAGGGUCAGGAACAGACAGGUGGGCUGCUUUUUUGUGUUUAGUUGCUUUUACAAUGCAGGCUCAUUCAGUAGUCUCCUCUAGGUUACUUUCACUUAUAAAUUAGGCAGAAAGCGGAGUACUUUCUGGUAUCCAUGAUUAAUGUCUGACCUUUUUUUAUUUUGUGUUAGAAAAGAAAGUGCCAUGUUUGACAAAUAUGAGCUUUGAAUUUCCUGUUGUGGCAUUGAUGAAGGUGUGUGUACAUAGAAUCAGGAUGCUGUGCCAUUCUGCCUCUGGUUAUUGUAAUGUCUUGGAACCAAGUCUUCAUGAACAGGUUGCAAGAAGUUCUGAAAUGAAAAGCAAUCUGGAGGAAAUUGCCAAGUAUGUUUUAACCAUAUUAUUGGGUAACGUUAGCGGGAGGUUGGAUUUUUGUUAUUUUUUUCUCUGUAGAUAUGCAGUAUGAUUAGAGUCAGAUUGCUUUCAUGUUUUGAUGUAAAUGGGCCAAAUUUUAAGCUGUCUCUUUACUUUGUGGUUUGUGGAGUGUUUUGGGCAGCUGCAAUCCUUCACCAAGAAACGGACACUUUAAAAGAAAGAACAAAAACACUCCUUAUCUGCCAUUGUUUAAAUCAAGUAAUGUAAAUAUAAUUUGUGCCAUUGAUGAUUACAGUAAACAAACUUUGUUAUCAGCAGUGUGACUAUGUGGUACUAGUGUGGGAACCAGGGGAAUGUUAGUGGCUUUAACACUAAACAGCACAUUUGUGGCCAAAUUGUAUUUGCAAGUUUUAAAAUCCUUUACCUCUCUGGGUUGCCAGAUUGGUGGACUUUGAUUUGAAAGUGGUAAAUAGAGAAUUAUGGAAAAGUAUAUAAAAUUACUCUGAAAUACUUUCUUGUAAUUGUCUGAACCUUCUGGCAUUUGCCAUGUUUCUCUGUGGGAAACUAUUAAGUAGGACAGAAUAAACCUUAUAAAGGAAUUUGCAAAUACUUUCUGCCCCAGGUCUGCUUAAAAGUUUUCCAUGCCCUGACAGCUGCAGUUUGGUGAGUGGCAAAAAAGAUAAGGACUGCGAAAAACAACUGGCUCAAAGUUCAGCUGUAGAAAGUUUUCUUUUUUUUCUAUUCAGUGGCUGUAGUGUUAUGCCAAGUAUGUACUGUUUUCUCUCUCUAUUCCUUAUUCUGGUUUUACAGUAUAUUAAUAUAUUUACCUUUCUUACUUUCCUUUCCUUGAAAUAACAGCUAUAUUUUUCAAUAAAAGAGAAGCUGGUAAUCUUUA